UGACGCCCGGCUCGAGCGGAAGCCGGAAGCGUCGGCCGCGGCUGGCGGAGGCGGAGGGGCGUGGGAGGCGUACGCCGUUUGCGGUCUCUUCCUUCCCCUCCGCCGGAGCGCCGUGAGGUGAGGAGGGCGCCCAUGACGACCUGGGUCCUUCCCGGAGCGUAGCCGGCGUGGCGACUGAGGGGGAAGCGAAGAGAGCCAGCAAGCCAGUUCGCGCUGGGGUCCUCCUCCUCGGGCGACCGGAAGCUUGGGGGAAAGGUGGCUUGUUUCAUUAUGUGUGCGUCAGUCAAAUAUAACACCCGGGGUCCAGCCCUCAUCCCAAGAAUGAAGACUAAACACCGCAUUUACUACAUUGCUCUCUUCUCCAUUGUGCUGUUGGGCCUCAUUGCUACAGGCAUGUUCCAGUUCUGGCCACACUCCAUAGAGUCCUCAAAUGAUUGGACAGUUGAAAAACGCAGCAUUCAUGAUGUGCCUGUGGUCAAGAUUCCAGCAGACAAUGCCAUCCCAGAACGAGGAGAUCUCAGCUGCAGGAUGCAUACAUGUUUUGAUGUCUACCGCUGUGGCUUUAAUCCCAAGAAUAAGAUCAAAGUCUAUAUUUACUCUCUAAAGAAGUAUGUGGAUGAAUACAACAUGCCUGUGAGUCAUACCAUUUCCAGGGAAUACAAUGACCUGUUAACCGCCAUCUCCGACAGUGACUUCUACACAGAUGACAUCAAUCGUGCCUGUCUCUUUGUGCCAUCAAUUGACGUACUCAACCAGAAUAUGCUCCGUAUCAAGGAAACUGCUCAAGCUUUGGCACAGCUCUCUCGUUGGAAUCAUGGGACAAAUCACCUCUUGUUCAACAUGUUGCCUGGAGGACCACCUGACUACAACACAGCACUUGAUGUUCCAAGAGACAGAGCUCUGUUGGCAGGAGGAGGUUUUUCUACGUGGACCUACCGACAAGGCUAUGAUGUCAGCAUUCCUGUUUAUAGCCCACUGUCCGCAGAGGUGGAACUGCCAAAUAAAGGGCUGGGUCCCCGUAGGUACUUCCUCCUUUCCUCUCAGAUGGCUCUUCAUCCUGAAUACCGUUCUGACUUGGAGGCUCUUCAAGCUGAGAAUGCAGAAUCUGUGCUGAUCCUGGACAAGUGUACCAACCUCUCAGAGGGAAUCCCUUUUACUCGUAAGCGCUGCCACAAGAAUCAGGUCUUUGAUUAUCCCCAGGUGCUUCAGGAAGCUACGUUCUGUGUGGUUCUGCGGGGAGCCCGCUUGGGACAAGCUGUGCUGAGCGAUGUACUUCAGGCUGGCUGCAUUCCUGUUGUCAUAGCUGAUUCCUAUAUUCUGCCUUUCUCCGAAGUUCUGGAUUGGAAGAGAGCUUCUGUGGUGAUACCGGAAGAAAAGAUAUCUGAGAUGUACAACAUUCUGCAAAGCAUACCUCAACGACAGAUUGAGGAGAUGCAGAGUCAGGCAAGAUGGUUCUGGGAAGCUUACUUUCAAUCAAUGAAAGCUAUUGCUUUGGCAACCCUCAAGAUUAUCAAUGACAGGAUCUACCCAUAUGCUGCCACAUCAUAUGAAGAAUGGAAUGAUCCCCCAGCAAUUAAAUGGAGCAGUGUAAGCAAUCCACUAUUUCUUCCGCUGAUUCCACCUCAGUCGCAAGGCUUCACUGCUAUUGUCCUGACCUAUGAUCGGGUUGAGAGCCUCUUUAGAGUCAUCACUGAAGUCUCGAAGGUGCCCAGCCUUUCAAAGUUGUUAGUAGUUUGGAACAACCAGAACAAAGUUCCGCCAGAAGAAACUGUUUGGCCGAAAGUUCGAGUGCCACUAAAGGUUGUACGGACCACAGAAAACAAGUUGAGUAACCGCUUCUUCCCCUAUAAUGAGAUUGAAACGGAAGCAGUGUUGGCCAUUGAUGAUGACAUAAUCAUGUUGACAUCAGAUGAGCUGCAGUUUGGUUAUGAGGUAUGGAGAGAGUUCCCUGACCGGCUUGUCGGAUAUCCUGGUCGCCUACAUUUGUGGGACCAUGAAACAAGCAAGUGGAAAUAUGAGUCAGAGUGGACCAAUGAAGUUUCAAUGGUGCUCACAGGAGCAGCGUUUUACCACAAGUAUUUUAACUACUUGUACACAUACAAAAUGCCUGGGGACAUCAAGAACUGGGUGGAUGCUCACAUGAAUUGUGAGGACAUUGCCAUGAAUUUUCUAGUGGCCAAUGUUACUGGAAAAGCGGUCAUUAAGGUGACCCCAAGAAAGAAAUUUAAAUGUCCAGAAUGCACAGCUAUUGAUGGGUUAUCACUAGACCAGACACACAUGGUGGAAAGGUCUGAAUGCAUUAACAAGUUUGCCUCCGUCUUUGGGACCAUGCCUCUGAAAGUGGUGGAACACCGGGCGGAUCCCGUCUUGUACAAAGAUGACUUCCCUGAAAAACUAAAAAGUUUUCCUAACAUUGGAAGCUUGUAAAGAAUAGAUGCAAGGCCAAUUGGAUAUAGGGAUCCAAUGCACAAAGAGAGACUGGUGCCGAGCAUCAGGCCUUGAGAAGAGUUCCUGGGCGUAUUACAAAGAGGAUGCAGAGGUGCCUCACUCCUGGUGUAAUUCAAGCUUUUUCCAUGGACAACACAGGGCAAAGAAUCAAACCACAUGCUGCUGCUGCUGCUGCUGCUGCCUUGCUAUGUGGGUCUACUAAAAUGCCAUACAAAUAUUUAUUUGUUCUACAGACCUCACAUUCUGACAAAGAGUUAAGCACAAACAAUACAGAAUCCUACACACACACCUACCCCCCCUCCCACACACACACAGUAUUUUCCCCUCUAAGGGCCAUUGGUUGUCACUUAAAUCUAUUGUGGAAUCUAUUAUGGAAAAUAUUGCUGUCUCUCCUAAGAGCUGCUUUCUGCGUUUGCUUCAUAGAGCCCACAUUUCUCUUCUAUGCAAGCCUGGUUUACAUGCAGCCUUUGAGAUUUGUGAUUAGGAUUAACUCUUGUGCAGAUAUGCUAGGGGUUUUUUUGCUGAGUAAGAUUAGAAAAGAUGAUUGGCAUGACACC